UAUUUAUUUUGUACAGUUAUAUUUACAUGUAUUUUCAAUCAAUAUAAAAUGUAAUUUAUAACUCCCAGUCAAGUUAUUUUAAAAUUUGAGUUUCAAUCGAAAUUCACCAAAUGCUACAUUGACAAAUGUUGCCAAGGUAGCAUUAAAUAUCACCAGCCAUCACCAUGAUUCCAUGGCUCAAGAAAAACAAGGCUUUGUAUAAAUCGGGGAGAUUAUCCGUCAAAACGAAAGGACUAGAGAACCAGCCUGGACAGAAUAACUGCUUUCUCAAUAGUGCUGUUCAAGUACUUUGGCAUUUGGAUGUUUUUCGAACAAAUUUUGCUCGAAUGACUGGACAUAAUUGUGUCGGCGAAAGUUCUUGUAUAUUUUGUGCCAUGAAACAUCUAUUCGCAAGGUUCAAAUACAGCGAUCAGGAGAUUCUGCCGCCGACGGAUUUAAGAGUUGCAAUGUCCAUCAUAUAUCAAGCUCAAAACAGGUUCCAACUUGGGCUUAUGGAAGACGCCGCUGAAUGUUUUGAAAACCUUUUACUUCGAAUCCACUCUCAUGUGGUUGAAGAAUCUACCUCAGAAGACAAUAUGUGUUCCGCAAAGCAUUGUAUUUCUCACCAAAAGUUCGGCAUGAUGUUGAUAGAGCAGGGAGUUUGCGAAUGCGGCGAAACUUCCGAACCUUUACCGUUCAUACAACUCGUACAUUAUGUUUCCGCAACAGCUCUAUGUGCUAAAUUGAAGGCAAGAAGAAAGUAUUAUCGGGCAGCGGAUAAAGAAGAGAAAUUUGCGCGAUUGAUUCGAUCCGUUAGUAGAGGGAGUAGAAAAUGCCCGAGCAAUUGUGGAUCGGAAAUCGCAACACGGACUUCACUGAUGAAUGCCCCGGACGUGAUAAGCAUUGGGGUAAACUGGGACAGUGAAGAGCCAGCAAUAGAACAUAUUAUAGAUUUUAUACACACAUUAAGCACAAUGAUAAAGUUGCAGGACAUGUUCGACUCCGUUUUAGAUAAAAAUGCGCAGCGUAACGAAUAUCAUUUAUCAGCUGUUGUGUGUUACUAUGGCAAACAUUAUUCAACUUUCUUUUUCAACCGUAAAGCCAAUCGGUGGCUUUCAAUCGAUGAUGCAGCAGUUAGUGAGGUCGGAAAGCAUUGGCGUGAUGUUCUUAUAAAAUGUAUCAAAGGACAUUACCAGCCAUUAUUACUACUCUACACAAAUUACGCAGCAGAAUCAAUGAACUUUUCCAGUGGCCCAACUUCCAUUAGAAAAAUUGCAUCUAGUGUCACAAGCUCUCCUGCGCUGUCACGAAGGGACUCGGAAGCUGCCUCAUCUAGUUCUAGCGGAAGCCUCAGUCCCGCUCAUGUCCCAAUGCCGGUACAAAAUGGCAAUUCAACUCGUCCUAAAAAGUUUCAAUGGAACACAUCUGUCCCUAGUAGGGGUACCGGCCACUAUAAAGAACCCAAAGCGGGGACUUCAUUUUUGACUUAUAAACCUUACGAGAACCCCAGUAAAAAUUCUAAUUCUUUCAAAGUUUCAUCGAAUACAAAUAACAGCAACGAUAUCAAUGAAAAUUUAAGAGGGUUCCCAACUUUGUAAACCACUCGUUACUGAAACACAACCUCAUGAGGUGGAAAGGGGAGCUUGACCCAGGAAGAGAUUACUCCCUGAAGUCAAAAGUCACCCUUCAGUGUCAUAUAACCAUCUAUCAUUGAUAUCGGCAAGCUAUCAGUGUAUAUUUAAUUUGAUCCACCUGUAUUGCCAAAGUGUCCUGAUCCUGAGCUUCAUCUUAUUCCACCCUAGUUGUAGUUUCGCACUCUGAACAAGGCUAUCUAUGAGAAGUAACUGAUAUUUAAGGUGCUGGUGGGGUUUGAAAGGCCUAAAAUUCUUCCGGUUCGGACUUAUCACAUCAGGGGAUGGGGCUGGUCGGUUAAUUUGAAACAGAGUUUUUUAAUUUGUGAUGUUAUCAUAUUUGAGUUCAAUGUCACUUUAGCACUAUAAAGCUAUAAGUUACGGACCUUAAUGAUUAGGUUUGUGCUUUAGUUAGAAAACUCGUCCUGUAGUGUGAGUACCAGGUUAGGGUUAGGCCAUACUUUUAUUCCAAUUUUCCUUAUUUUAGUUCUAUUUCGAGUUCAGGGGGUUCCCGACUUUGUAAACCACUCUAGUUACUGAAGACAGCAUAAUGAAACACAACCGAGGUGAAGGGCUUAACCUAGGAAGAGAAUACUCCCUGAAGUCAAAAAUACCCAUUAGUCUCUUAUAAACAUGCCUCAACCUUGCUGUGUUUUAAAAGAACUCUCCCGGUUCGGCAUUACCUACCCUAUUCAUUAUUCCCUGGUGGGGGGUGGCCAGAGGAUUUGAAACUAAAGAUUUUCAACAUAUUUGAGUCCAAUGUCACUUCAACACUAUAAAUCUUUAUGUUACUGGCCCUUAAUAAUGAUUAGGCAUGUGUUUUAGUUAGAAAACCCAGUACUCCUGUAGUAUGUGUACCAGGUUAGGGUAUAAUUUUAUUCCAAUUUUUGCUUAUUUUAGUUCUAUUUCGAGUUCGGGGACUGUCUGUGUUUGUCAAGUGAAUAUACCUCUUGCCCAUAGAUUUCAGUCCCUUCACACGACUUGAUGUAAAGUUGGCGAACAAAAUUAGUUACCUCAUAUUGGUACACACACUUCUGGAACGCCGAAAACCCAAUGCAUGGCCCCCAAUUCUAUCACGAAUCUGAGUUCCCAAGCCCAUUCUAGCAUUACUGCUAUAGUUUUAUAUACCUAUCAUAACAUGGAACAUACCAUUGAAUCUGAAUGACCAACAAUCCAGUUCAUCAAUUCCCACAAAAUUGUCCCCCAAUAAUUGGCAUUGAAAAUUGUAGUUAGGAUGCCAAAACAUAUUACUGGAUGCAUUAUAUUCCCAGUAUACUUGUAACCUAUUCAGAAUAUAUGAGAACUGCCAGUAGUCAGGCUUUUUUUGAGGAUUGAUUUUUCAAGUUGUGUUAUAUAUUUGAUUUUUGAAUCUUGAGCCACAGAAGGCUCAGAAAAUCGUUAAAAUGAUCUUAUUAUUGACUUCCCAAAUCGAUUUUGAUAUUUCAAAUAUUGCUGGACAUUGUCGCAAAAUCACACUUUUGUUCACACCAUAGCUCAAUUCCUAACUUUCGUCAGAAAAAGAAAACGGUGACAAUAAUCUAAAAAUAGGGCUAUUGGUCUCUGAAUAAAGGCAUAGGUUCGAAUCCCAAUUUCACCUUGGCCUAAUGCUAACCUCAUCGGCCAUCAAUUACCAUACAUUGGUUUGCAACUUGCAUGGAUACUUAUAUGUUAAGUAUUAAUAUUGGAGCAAAAUAGGGCAUUGGUUGUCAAUGUCUUGUAAUAUUGUUUCCAGUGGAAAGUGUUGGCUCAUGCUUAAUGGUAAGGUAGCCCUGCAAGGACGUUAAAUAAUAAAUCACAGCUAAGCAUCUCGUUACUGACUCUAUUUUUAAUUAUAGAAGAAUAAACUGAUUUAGAUGAUAUUUUCUAUUAUGAUUAAUUUUGUUUCAUAUUUUUAUAAAGUGCCUUUUCUUGUCUUUCUAGAUAAUUAGUUAAAUUUUCUGCAUUUGUUUUAUUUUAUUUUUCUUCCGCUGUUUACAGUUGCUCGUCGGCAAGUCAGAAC